UUUUUUUUUUUUUUUUUUUUUUUUUUCCUUUCCUGAAUGGAGAUGAGUCGCGCGUAAAAAUCUGCUGACCACAUUUCAGAGAAGAGCUGUCACUCUCCCACCUGUUGGCAGGUGGUGUUGGCUUUGCCCGCGGAUAUCUACUAUGACAUUGGGUUUGGAAAUCAUGGAGGAUAUUGUGAUCGACGUGGUAGGGGAAGGACUCAAAGACAGCGGAGAGGAGCAGCUCUUACCUCUGGAUGAGUCCGGGAGCGAGCAGGAGCGCAGCACCGACACGUCCAGCAGCCAGGGGAGAGACGCCGAGUGUCCCUCUAAAACCAAAGGUCCCACGUCUGUGAAGCCUCCGUACUCUUACAUCGCUCUGAUAACGAUGGCCAUCCUGCAGAGCCCAAAGAAGCGGCUCACCCUGAGCGAGAUCUGUGACUUUAUCAGCCACCGCUUCGCUUAUUACCGGGAGAAGUUCCCCGCCUGGCAGAACUCUAUCAGACACAAUCUGUCGCUCAAUGACUGCUUUGUAAAGAUGCCCAGAGAGCCAGGGAACCCUGGGAAGGGCAACUACUGGACUCUGGAUCCCAACUCCUCGGACAUGUUCGAGAACGGGAGUUUUCUGCGGCGGAGGAAGCGCUUCAAGCGGCAACAUUUCCGCUUCGACCCGCUGAAGGAGCAGCACCUGGAGCCCAGCGGACUGCACGGCUUCCCGCACGGCGCGUACGGGCUCGGCGCGGCGGCUCUGCAGCUGCCCAGCCUGGAGCUCUACCCCUACCUCCAUCACCACGCACCGUCACCGUGCGGCUCCGCCACCAUCCCACCUGUCAGCAGCAUCCUGCCGGCUCUCUCCAGCUUCUUCUCCCGCAGCGCACUCACCGCCAAGGCUUUCCUCCAGGCGCAGCCCGGCAUCGAAGCCUUCUCCCCGGCGCAGUGCGCCGCGUACUCCUCUCCCCUGACCUCCAGCGUCGCCUACGCGUCCCCCGCGCUCUUCCACCCCGCAGCCUCCCCGCACUUCCUCAGUUUACACCAGGAGUACCAGAAAAUACAGACUCAGCGCGGCACCGUGGACCUGCUCAAACACAUCAGCACUGCUCACAAUGAAUAAACAGAUAAGCGGACUUUGAGCUCGUGUUUUCUCAGGUAACAGAGACAGUUCAAGCAGAAGGUCGUCGUUUCUCCAGAGAUGUGACGAAUCUGCUUUAAAAAGAAUGUUGUAGAUAUGUUGUUAAAAAUAAACUCUCCCUCCUUCUCACCUUCAUGGCAAAAACAAAAAAAAAAGAAAAAAAAUUAGCAGACGCCUUUUUUAAUUUUUAAUUUUGAUCAUGAAUUAUCUUCUUUGGUUGGAAUAUUUAA